AUCAUCAUCUCUUCAGAGCACCCAAUUGCUUCACGUCCUUCGGUCACCAGAAUGCCUGGCAGUCCUUCUUGCCGCCUCUGAUUGGGGACACUGCUCUCUGGGUCACAUUGUAACACAUUCCAGCUGACCCCACACGUGAACCGUCCAACAUUUUUAGAACAUUUGUGGCCACGAUGGAUCCACUAGAGCAAUCAACCAAACUAGGCUUUACGCCGAAAGCAAUGUCCAUCCUAGACUAUUCAAUUUUCUGCACCCUGAUGUUGUUUUCGACCCUCAUCGGCGUUUAUUUUGCCUUUUUUGCUAAACAAAAGCAAAACACGACAGCCGAAUACUUGAUGGGUGGUAAAAACAUGGCCAUUUUUCCAAUUACAAUGUCCCUGAUUGCAAGCUAUAUUUCUGGAGUCUCCAUGUUGGGCGUCCCCGCUGAAAUCUACACAUACGGCACCCAAUAUGCAGCGGUGCUCAUUUCCGAAGCCCUCGUGUGCUUCGUUACAGCCUACGUCUUCAUGCCAGUUUUCUACAAACUCCAGCUUUACUCCUCCUUUGAGUAUUUGCUGCUGCGAUACGACAGCUCGGUGCGUCUGCUUUUGUCAGUGCUCUACUGCAUCAUGACAAUAUCUUACACACCAUUGAUAAUUUACAUACCAGCUUUAGCAUUCAGUCAAGUAUCUGGUGCAAAUCUUCACAUAGUGGCGCCAAUAACGUGUGCUAUUUGCAUUUUUUACACCAGCCUGGGAGGUUUGCGGGCGGUGGUGUGGACUGACACCCUUCAAUCCUUUUCCAUGAUUUCCGGCAUUCUGGUGGUGACAAUUUUGGGCACUUUGGACGUCGGCGGUUUCGGCGUUGUGAUGGAGCGCGCGGCCAACAGUGACAGAUUGGAAUUUUUCAAUUUGGACCCAGACCCUUUGGUGCGGCACACUUUCUGGACGGUCACCAUCGGCAACUUUUUCAUGUGGUUAGCGCACUUGGCAGCCAACCAAGCAAUUUUGCAAAGAUGUCUCGCGCUGCCCACCAUUGAAAAGGCAAAAAGAGCCCUGAUUUCACUGGCGGUAGGAACUGUGAUUUUUGUAAUAUUCAGCGUUUACAGCGGCCUCGUGAUUUACGCAAAGUACCACGAGUGCGAUCCCGUGCACACGCAAGCCAUUAGGAAGGUGGACCAAAUCCUGCCGUUCACCGUGAUGGACUUUUCCAACACCAUCCCCGGCUUUCCCGGCUUGUUCAUCGCGGGCGUUUUCAGCGCGGCGCUCAGCUCCAUGUCGACCAAUCUCAACUCGUUGUCGGGGGUGAUUCUGCAGGAUUUCAUUAAGCCGUGCCUGCGAGGCAGACAGAUGUCGGAAAAGGCGGCCAGCACCACCAUGAAGGUGAUAGUCGUCGUUGUGGGCACGUUUUGCACUGCGCUGGUAUUUGUGGUCGACAAACUGGGCGCUAUUAUUCAACUGAGCCGAACGAUCAGCGGAGUGACUGCAGGCGCAAUGCUGGGCAUUUUCGUGCUGGGCAUGACCGUGCCCUGGAUCAACGCUAAAGGCGCCCUGAUUGGCGGCAUAAGCAGCCUGUUUGUGGCCGGGUGGGUUGCGUUCGGUUCGCAGCAAGCCAUCGCCAGCGGCUCUCUGCGCUUCCAGACCAAACCCAUGUCCGUGGAGGGCUGCAGCUACGCCUUUCCGCCCACCAACUCCACAAUCAACGGCCAAGCCAUUGAGGAAGCAUUUUGGGUUUUCCGCAUUUCGUACCUCUACCUGACGGUGAUAGGCUUCGUGACGAUGGUGCUGAUCGCCACCCUUGUGACCCUCAUCACUGGGCCGAACGACCCUCGCAAGGUGCACAGAGACCUGCUCAGCCCCCUGGUGCACCGCUUCCUUCCACUGGCCGAUAAGGACGACGAGCCUGUUGCGGAAACGCUGCUCGUCAACGAAACGGAAUACAUCAAGGCUCUUGCUUCUGAAGGACCUGCUAAGUGAUUUUAACUAUCCAAAGAGGAGAAAUUAUAUAAUAUUUUUCUACUUGUUGUUUAGAUCUUUAAAAGGAAUAAAAAUAAUAAUCUAAAAAAAA